AUGAAAUAAGAACCACUAAAGAUCAUAGGCUCUGUAGCCUUAGCUAUUACACCAGUUCUUUACUUUUUAUAUAGAUAAGAAAUAUAUGACGCAACUGGAAAGUAUCUUGGAGUACAAAGCAGAAAGAGCCCUUAAGAUAGAAAGCAAAAUAAUAAUUUGGAUAAAUCCUAAGCAUAAAAUCAAGAAAACUGA